CCGUUCCUCUCCAACAUGGCGACUGACAGGCGGAGACGCACGCUCCUCCUCGCUUCCUUCGUGGUUUUGCACGUCGUCUCGCGUUCCUGGGCCAAGCCCGGCGUCGUAGAGCUCGAUGAAGACAAUUGGCACCAGAUGCUCGAGGGGGAGUGGAUGGUGGAGUUCUUUGCCCCAUGGUGCCCUGCUUGCAAAGCCUUGAAGCCCAUUUGGCAAGACUUUGCAACCUGGAGCGAUGACUUGGGCAUCUCCGUGGGACAGGUGGACGUCACAAACUCCCCGGGAUUGUCAGGUCGCUUCAUGGUCACGGCUUUGCCCACAAUUUAUCAUGUAAAGGAUGGAAAGUUCCGACAGUACCGGGGGUCUCGAGACAAGGAUGAGUUCAUGAGCUUCGUGGAGGAGCGGCGAUGGCAGGAGGUGGAAGAGGUCCCUGCGUGGAAGUCGCCGGCUUCCUUCCAGAUGUCGGUCGUUUCACAGUUUUUCAAGCUCUCCAUGGUUCUCCGAGGAGUUCAUUCAGUCCUAGUGGAAGACUAUGGACUCCCAACAUGGGGGUCAUACCUCGUCUUUGCCCUCGCCACCAUUUUGGUCGGUGCCUUGCUUGGCUUGAUCCUGGUGUGUAUCAUCGACUUUGUGUUCCCUCCCAAGGCACCAGGCCCAGCUCCAGUUGUCACUUCAGCUGGUCUUAAAGCAGAUGAUGAUGAGGAAGAUUUAGUAGAGGAUACUAAAGCAAAGAGUGAAGAUGCUGAGGAGGAGUCACAAGGACAAGAGGAAAGUGAUGAUAAAGAGGAAAGAAAGAAAGCAGGUAGUGGAGAUGAGGAUGAAGAUGUAGAAGUGGAUGAGGAUGAGGAGGGAGAGGAGGAACAGAAAGACAAGGAGGAAGAAGAAAAGAAGGAAGAGGAGGAGGAGGAGGAGGAGGAGGAGGACUCUCAAGCUGAAGAAGACAAAGAAUCAGGAAGCCCCAAAACCUCUCCAGAAGUGAGGCGGCGGCGGCCAAGGAAAGCAGACUAGCUGACUAGGUCCUUUAGAUUAUCCCCUUUAUCCCCUUCCGAAUGGGUCUGUAGCAGGACUCGCAUUCUCUCUCUCUUUCUCUCUCUCUCCCUCUCUCUGGCUCUCUCUCUCUUUCUCUCUCUCUCCCUCUCUCUGGCUCUCUCUCUCUUCUCUCUCUCUCCCUCUCUCUGGCUCUCUCUCUCUUUCCCUGCCAAUGACUCACAACCAUGAGGCAUUUGAAUCUAACUUUCAAAUCAAGGGAUGAGCCCAUGACCACGGAACCUGCUUGACUGUUUAAUGAGAGCAGCUGAUGCUGGCAGAAUUAACUUUUUUUUUUUCCUCCCUCUCUCAUUCUAAAUGGCUUUUUAUUCACAUUUGCUGAUGGGUGUUGACUCCAUGGCAUUUAAGUUUUUGUCUUCUACUAAUGCUGUUUUUAUUUUUUUAUUUGAUUAUUAUUUUUUUUUUUUUUUUUUUCUUGUAUUUUAAGGUUUUACCAUGCAUACAUUUUGUCCAUGAAGAAUCCUUUGGUGUAUAGAUUUAUGUAUGUGCAUUAAUAUAUAUCUUGUCUUGGUGCUCUUAGGUAGUCUUUGCAUUCCCCUUCCCCUCCUCCCUGCCUCACCCCCCCAGCCCCCCUACCAACACACCUCCAAAAUAGGACAAAACUUGUUAAUACAUGUUUAAGAAUAUUCCAUAUGAGUGGGCUUUCACAUGAUAGGUUUUUCGGUGAUAAUACAAUAUAUUUUCUUUUUUCCUCUCAUCUCCUCCUCUUGUUUUUUAAUAGUUUUUGACAUAGAUUUCAUAAUGCUUCGUGCCAGUAACAAUUGCCAAAUAUUACCCCUAUGCUUCAAAUUCAUAAGAACAUCUAGGAAUACUAAUAAUCAUAUUGCUGUUUACUGUUGACUUUGGUUUUUGCUGGUGUGAAAUGGAGUCACUAAUUGCAGCAUUGAAAUUAAAAUGCUGAUAAAACUUAACCAGAUUCUAUAAUUAAUUUUUAUUUCUUUCUCUCUCUCUCUCUCAGAUUAUUUAAAAGAAUUUAAUGUUGACUUGAUAUUUCCUUUAGAAGUACUUUAGUUUUCUCUUUCAAUCUCUGUCUGCCUGUCUUUUAUUCAUGUGCAAUGUUAAUGUGAAUACCUUUUCCCUGUAAAAAUCAUCUUGCCACAUGCAUCAAUCUGAUAUUGAUUAUUUACAAACUGGUUUAUUGUUGACAUUAAGAAAUGUUAUCAAGUAGCCAACUUAGGAUGGUGCUCAGGGGAAGCACCUUGUCGGUGUUGGGAUAGUGAAGGAAAUGCACCAAGGUCUUUCUGUCUGUAUCGGCAAAUGAGGUUGAUUGUUCCACCCCAGAUUUUUUUCUUUCUUUUCUUUUCUUUUCUUUUUUUUUUUUAUUUUCUCCCCCAGUUCAUUGUAAUUUUUUAUUUUCUCUUCCAUGCUUUAAGACAAACAUCCUUAAGGUUGAUGAGCUUGUUUAUGUGGAUGAGAAUAACUAGGGUAUUUCACCUAAGAGUAGAACUUCGUAUAACAUUUGCACUAAUCCCUAGGUAAGCACACAUCUGUCCUGGAACAAGCAAGUCGAACACUUAAAGUGUGCAUAUCAAGUGUUCAGUUGAUGUUUUACUCUGGAACUUUGUCUCAGCACUAUUGCUGUGGAACACUUUUGCUUUCAUUAUAUAUUUUUUCACUUAUAUUAAGUUUGUAAGGUAUGGAGAAUGAAGGUAUACACUAUUGGUCAUGCAGAUUGCUCACUGGAUGGAAGGUUGAUAUUGUGAUAGCUGUUAAUGAUAAUACAGUGAUAUCAUGUAGUUUUGUAGACUCAUCCAGCCGGUAAAUUUAGAAUGUUAUCAUGAUUACUAUUAUUAUCAUUCUUUUUCCCUCUAUUACUCUGUAUUAGUUACCUUUAGUCUUAAGACAAACUCUGAACUUUCAAGUGAAAAAGAAAGAAAAGUCGAGUUGGUAUUCUCAUAACAUCAACCAUUUGAUUCUGUAAAGAAGGUUGGAAGUAUAUUUUCUUCAUUAUCCUUGUAAUUCUGAUUCUUAAUUUUUGUAAUUCAGUUUCUCUCUCUCUCUUUUUUUUUAGACGAUACAAAAAAUUGAAAAUUAAACUAGUAGAGUUAGAAACUUGUGUUACUGAGAUUUUUUUUCCUCUUCUCUUUCCCCCUUUUUUUCUCUUUCUUUCUUUCUUUCUCUCUCCUUCUCCCUUCAUAAUCUCUCCUGUUCCUCACCAUUCUGUUUGUACAGUUGAUCUCUCUGAUAUUUCUAGCAUAUCAGGAUUUAAAAAUUUGGUCGAUGUAUGUGAAUGCAAUCUCUCUCUUUCUAGUUUUGCCAGUACUUCUGUUAGAUAAAACUCUGGAAAAACUAUGAAGAAAGUAAAAAAUUAAAGUGAUGGUUAGAAAUUUUGGAGUUUGUCUUAUCAAUAUUUCAGAUAAUUUUUGUAUGUCAGAUUUGCAAACUUGUAGAAAUACAGGGAUGGGAUUGUUUCUACUUCUGUAUGAAUUUGGGUGUGGUAAAGUUUAUUUUUGUCAACAGUCUCAGAUUCUGCCACAUCUAGCAUCAAAGUUGAGAAUUGAGUUCAAUAGGUAUUGUGACUAUUAUGAUCACUGUUGCUGGUAUUAAUUUUGAAAUGAUUAGUAAUAAUAUUGUUAUUAUCAUUAUUAUUAUUAUUAUUAUUAAUGUAUUUGUAUUAAUAAGAUUAGUGUAUGUAAUUAAUUUGAUGUACACCAUUACCUCAUUUUGAUUUUUUUUAUUUCUAGCUACUAACUGAAAUAUUUAAAGAUUCUAACAGUAACAUAUUAACAAGAAAUCCAGUCUCUUUUGACUUCCAUAUUGGCUGGAUAAUUUUUUCCUUUUUUUUUCCACUUUUUCAUAGAGCUUGGUUAUGAUUACAAAUGUGAUACAAGUAGCAUUAUGAGAAAAUCAAACACCCACUUAGAAGAUCAUUUUGGUGCUGCAACUCCUCUUCCAGUAUGCAGGGAAGGUAAAGCAACGGGCUCUUUGACAUAUUGAGCUAGCACUGCACAUAGCAUUGUCUGGUCUUGUCCUUCUCUGAAAACAGUUUUGCAGAGCUGAUGUCCACUGAUGUUGGUUGAAUGGAAAAUAAACAAUAUAUAGUCCAUAGAAAUGUAUCCUAUUUGGGACCCAAGUUAUUACACCAUGCACCAUGUACUAAAUCAUACCCAUGUUCAUACUGAACAAGCCUAUGAUCUUCAUGCUUUGUAUGAUUAUGUGUGCAUAAUUAUUAUUUUAUAAAUAAAACACUUUUAUAA